AAAGAAACGUAAUAUUUAGAAUUUCAAAUGGUCACAUUUAUGUUCGGAUUCAUAUUUAUGAUUUGUUGUAUAUAUUAUUUCAUGUAACAACAUCAGCUACAAAAUAUCAUAUAUUUGGACAUAACGACUUUGAUGUGCGUCAUUAGUGUAAGAGAUUAUUUUUAAGGAUGUGAUAAAAUCAAACUAUAAAAGCUAUUGACUGUCCAUCGAUAUUAUUAAAGCUCACUCAACGUUCAACUGAGCACGGUCCAUUUAAUUGCUGUUCGAAUAUAUAUUUUAAAAUUAUUCUUCUUCAUUACUAGAAAAAUAAUAAAAUGAAUUAUUUAUACAUAUCCAGUAUUACAAUAUGGAUGUUUAUAAUUAUUAUAAAAUUAAAUGUGUCACCGGUAACAUCAAAAUUAGUUCCAAUUCAGAAACGUGAUCCAACAGAAUGGCGUGAAAAUGGAGCGGAAGCGAAUUUCGCUCAAUUCAAUAUCUUGCACACGGUAAGUGUCAACGAAGAAAAGUUGCGCAGUGAUAAAUAUUGUUCUGGCAAAUGUGUUGCAAUUGACUGGAACGGUAGGAUGAGUGCAAGAAAUUUACUAUACCCAAACCAAUGUGCUGGAUAUCUUCGCAAUUGCUGGUUAGAAAGAGAAACUGAAGAACGAAAAAAAGCAGCAGCGGAUUACCAUUCAUAUGACAAAUAUUGGGGUACUUUAAUUUGGCCUAUUGUGAAAGAAAGUGCACUAUAUUAUAAUAAUAUACGAGAUCAUACUGGUAACAUUUGCAAGUGCUUAUGUGAACGAGAAGAUAUUUCAAAUCCUAAAAACGAGCGUGGUGAAUUGCUUGAUUCCAUUUGUUUUGAUCCCGUUUCAGUUGAAGAUGGAUAUGUUGCAACUGGCGCGAGAUUUAAAAGACACGGUAAUGUAAUGUACCUUGAACUCCAACAAGGAAUAUUAUCACAAGGAAAAAUUGAUCCAAAAACUCUCAAGUGGACAACUUCCAAUAAUUGUACUUUAAAAAAGAAAGUUAUCGAUAAUUUCCGAAACGAUGGUCAUUACGAUGGUUUAGAAAUCAUACUAAACGAUCUUACUUUAACGGAGAAUGCAGUUGUCACAGGUGUUACGUUAGGUGAUUCAUUGCGCGGACGAUACGUCGAUGACGAUGGUAAUAUUAAUGAAAAUGAACCUGAAGUUACCCGAAAAAGUCAAUGCCAUGGAAGUGCCACCGACUUGGUACACGAUAGUUCAGAUCUUCUGUCGUCCACAUCUUUAAUAGGACAUGAUAAUUACGAGCGCAGUGAACCAUGCAAUUAUAAGAUAGUUUUUGGAGGAACUAAAGAAACUAAUGAUUAUAUGAAUCUUGUUCCAUUUGUCGAUUUACAGGAGGUUGUCCAUGAUGAAAAUUCACCUCAACCUAUUCACGGAAUCGGUUGGUAUUAUCGCGGUUAUCCUGGUUAUGGAGGAUAUCUGGCUCUUAAGAUUUUCACCAAAGAAUAAUAAUUUUUGUGUUAAUAUUUAUCUCAACGGUAACGAUGUUCCGCUAAUCAACAUGCAAAAUUAAAAUUGGUUAUUUUCCCAAUUUACUGAAUA